CCCGACCCACCGCCUCGCGGGUGGAGGAACCUGGGUCGGGCCCGAGCACUCGGUUAGCCAGAGGCAGGCGGAGGAGACCGGCUCGUCCGGGGGCGAGCCGCCGCGGGUGCCCUGCGCGCCCGGGAGAGAGGUGUGAGGGAGGCACAGUUACGCGAGGCCGCGCGGAGUAAGUGAGCUUGGGUCCGACUCGAGGUCGGGCUCUCGACCGAGACUGGUGGGCCAGGCCCGGGAGCCGGCGUUACCCUCCCUCCGAGGAGCACUGAGCGGACACAGAGGGACGGACCGAGCGAGGACACAUGGCCUCGCCAUUCCUGCCCGCGGGGGCUACCACGGGCGACAGCGGCGGAGAGCUGAGCUCGGGGGACGACUCCGGUGAUGUGGAAUCCCUCCAGAGUCCCGAGACCGAGGCGUCCGGGAGUCUGACAGAGCUCUUUGAGAAGGCUGCAGCGCACCUCCAAGGCCUGGUCCAGGUGGCCAGCAGGGAGCAGCUCUUGUACCUGUACGCCAGGUACAAGCAGGUCAAAGUUGGAAAUUGCAAUACUCCUAAACCAAGCUUCUUUGAUUUUGAAGGAAAGCAAAAAUGGGAAGCAUGGAAAGCACUUGGUGAUUCAAGCCCCAGUCAAGCAAUGCGGGAGUAUAUUGCUGUAGUUAAGAAAUUAGAUCCAGGUUGGAAUCCUCAGUCACCAGAGAAGAAAGGAAAAGAAGCAAAUACUGGUUUUGGUGGGCCUGUUGUUAGUUCUCUGUAUCAUGAAGAAAUCAUCAGGGAAGAAGACAAAAACAUAUUUGAUUACUGCAGGGAAAACAACAUUGACCAUGUAACCAAAGUCAUCAAAUCGAAAAAUGUGGAUGUGAAUAUGAAAGAUGAAGAGGGCAGAGCUCUACUCCAUUGGGCAUGUGAUCGAGGACAUAAAGAACUAGUUACAGUCCUGCUACAGUAUAGAGCUGAUAUUAACUGUCAGGAUAAUGAAGGUCAGACAGCUUUACAUUACGCUGCUGCCUGUGAGUUUUUGGACAUUGUGGAGCUGCUGCUCCAGUCCGGCGCUGACCCCACCCUCCGAGACCAAGACGGCUGCCUGCCAGAAGAGGUGACAGGUUGCAAAGCUGUAUCUUUGGUGUUGCAGCAGCACACGACUGGCAAGGCUUAAUCGAAGACUGGAAAACCACAGUCUGUAACAUCAGAAGGCUUCAGUGAUGAAGGAAAACUGCAAAAAAUAAUACUUCUUUUACCACCAUCUUUGGUAUACAUUGGCUAAUAAAAUCAGUUCUGAGGAACUAG